UACCGUGCCAAGUGACUGUUUCACGACUGUUUUUACGCCAAUCUCACGUGUUUACCAACAUUUCUAUCGACGGACUCGUUAUGAAAUCCACAUACACACAAAGUAGCAAUACAGGUGACUCCCACGUUUGCAAGUUUUUCUAGGUAAACAUUGAGUGGGAUACUUUUUAGUACUGUUGUCGAAAAAGUGCUGUGAAGUGAGAUUCACCAUGUCUUCAUAUUCGGUGACUUCGGAAAGCGAUGCAUGGGCUCUUCUUGCCUUGAAAUCGGCUCCCGCUAGUCCUUCGAAGGUACAGUGGAGCCCUGAAGAUAAGGGUGAUCCCAUUGCGAAAAUAGAAGGUCGUGAAUUCGAAUAUUUAGUACGGCAAAAUCGGGUCAUCAUAGGAAGAAACAGUUCACGUGGUGAUGUAGAUGUAAAUAUGGGACAUUCUAGUUUUAUUUCGCGAAGGCAUUUGGAGGUGUUCUUCGAACAUCCCUACUUUUAUAUGAUGUGCAAUGGAAAAAAUGGAGUUUUCGUCGAUGGUGUGUUUCAACGAAAAGGGGCCCCCUCAAUCAGGUUACCCAAGACGUGCACGUUUCGCUUCCCGAGCACCAACAUCAGGCUGUCGUUCCGCUCGCUGGUCGACGACAGCUCGGAGGAUCCGCCGCCCGAGCUGCUCGAGGCGUCUCCGGGGCGCACUCGGGACCGCGCUGGCGGCGGCUCGGCACUGCCCCCGCUGCGCAUCACCAUCCCCGACGCCGAGUAUGGCAGUCCCUUUCCCUCGCCCACGGGGACGAUCAGCGCGGCCAACAGCUGCCCUGCCAGUCCGAGGGGUGGGCAUGGAGGCCUCAGCGGCAGCCACGGCAAACGAAAUGUCCAAGCUGAUCUGCAAAUGGCGGCACAGUAUGCUGCCCAGGUCGUUCACAGAGAUGAAGUUCAUCCUUUACCGCCAAGUCAUAGUCCUGAUUAUAGACAGCCGACUUCUAAUGGAAGUUCUGUACAACCGAUUGUUAUGAAUGAUGGAUCGGCCUAUGGCGCCGGUAGCAGCAAUAAAGACGAUUCGAAGCCCCCAUUCUCAUACGCGCAACUCAUUGUGCAAGCCAUUGCUAGUGCUUCCGAUAAGCAGCUCACGCUAUCAGGCAUUUACAGUUACAUAACUAAGAACUACCCCUAUUACCGUACUGCUGACAAGGGUUGGCAAAACUCUAUCAGACAUAAUCUAAGUCUCAACAGAUAUUUCAUAAAAGUUCCGAGGAGUCAGGAAGAACCUGGAAAGGGUUCUUUCUGGAGAAUAGAUCCUCAAUCUGAAUCGAAGUUGAUUGAACAAGCGUUCAGGCGGAGAAGACAAAGAGGAGUGUCUUGUUUCAGAGCUCCUUUCGGUUUAAGUUCCAGGAGCGCCCCGGCCUCCCCCUCGCACGGCGGCAUGGCCGACCUGAUGACGCCCGAGUGCCUGUCGCGCGAAGGCUCCCCCACCAUGGAGCACCUCGCGGACGCCGCCAGCCAAUCGGCGCCCGGCAGCCCGGGGGGCGGCGGUGGCGGCAACCCCGCCUACCCGGGCUCGGGCGGCAUGAUCGGCCACCAGCAGAUGACGGCGCUGGUGGGGGCGACGAAGGCGAGGCUGCUGAUGCCGCACGCCGCAGACGAGAGGCCGGUCGGGUCGAACGGGCAGGAGUACAGAGAAGAGAAAUACAUGAGCUCUAUCAUGGAGGAGAGAUCUUUAUCGCCAGGAGCAUUUUCCCCACAACCGGUCAUUGUCCAAACUGCUAACUAUUCACCCUACAGCAGCGGAAAUUACGCUAACAUAGGCUUAGAUAUGAAAAGGCACAUAGAUGAACAAAGUGUUGGCAGUCCUUCGAGUACUGGGGAAAAUUUAGACAACCUGCAAGAACCAGACCUGAAAAGAAUAAAACAGGAUCAGAUUAAGUUUGAGAUGGACUAAGAAUCUGACUUGGAAAUGGUUCACUAGGAUCCUUUAAUCAAUAAAGCUUUGAACCUUGAAGACAUUAAAGAAGUCCGAAAAUUUUAAAUUUUUGAAGUAGAUUCCUCAUGAUAUUGUCAAAUGUCUUAAUAGUAUUUCCCCUAAAUAGGAGUAUUUCUUUGAAUAUCCCAAAGUAAUUUAUAUAUAAAAAUAUAUAAAUAAGAAGU